AUGCCUGUCGAGGUUGCUAUGAACACGCCGUUGGCAGAGGCGCUGCAACGCGAGAUUCAGCCGAAGCUGGUGGAGUGCGGAUGGGCGCCCAGCGAUGCCAGCGAUACCACCAUGGCCGAGUAUCUGAUCUUGAUGAUCGUCAAUGGAAAGACUGAGGACGAGAUUGCUUCGGAACUAUCUAGUGAUCUUUUGAACCUCCCACCCGAAGAUGACAGCGCAAAGCAGUUUGCACGGUGGUUGUUUGAGAUAAUCGAGUCAGAGAACGCUAGAAUCAACGGCUCGGGCCAACAACAGCAGUUUGAACUGGCAUUUUCGGGCGGAGACCAGGAUAUGGAAAUGGACUUGUCUAGUGCUGAUGCACUAGGCAGCAUGAUUGCACCAUCGGGACCGAAAGCGAUGCGAAAUGGGCCCGGAUUCCGCGGCGGGCGGGACAAGCGCAUGCUUGGCCAGAUCAACCGCAAUUUGGACCGUUCCAAUGACUCGGUUCUGCACCGUGUUCGCGGUACCGAUCGCAUCAGCACACAUACGCGCGGGGGCGGCGCGGGACCGAGAGGGAGUGGCGGCGGGUUUGGCAUGGGCCGCCAACAGCGAAACAUGAACGGGAGAAAUGCUUCUGGUUUCAACCAGCAAGCCAUGGCUGCCGUCAUGUCUGCCGGUGGCCCGCAGCCGGGCAUGUCUUGGAUGGGCCCACCGGGCCCGCCAGGCCAGCCGCCGAUGCAGCCGGGUCCCAUGGAUGUAUACGCCAUGUUGGAGCAGCAGUCACGUAUGAUGCAGCAGAUGCAGGAGCAAAUGCAACAGCAACAGCAGCUGAUGCAGCAUGGCCGACGGGGCGGCUUCAAUCAGCAGAGUCGUGGCCGGCCACUGGCAGACCGGAUACAACACCCGAACCAAAACUACAGGAACAACAUGCGGAAUGGGGGUCAAAACAAUCAUGGCCAACAGGCUGAAAAUGGAGGGGAAGCACCAAAAUCGAACGGCAAGUCGCAAGAAGGCGGCGACGCUUCCGGCUCGGCCACGGGAGAGGAUGUCGACAUGGGCAGCGAGGCCGGCACACACCGCGAACCGUUGAACCCGACUGAUACGGUGUGCAAAUACAAUCUCCACUGCACGAACAAGGACUGCAAGUUUGCGCAUCAGUCACCGGCAGCACCCCCCGGCACCACGGUAGAUGUGCUUGACGUUUGCACGUAUGGUGCUGCCUGCAAGAAAAAAAAAGUGCGUGGCGCGGCACCCGUCGCCAGCCGCCCGGAUGGCGCACCAGAGCGAGCAGGACUGCAAAUUUUUUUCCCAACUGCGCGAACCCACACUGCCAAUUUCGGCACCCGUCGAUGCCGCUGUGCCGCAAACGGAGGUGACUGCGCGCACGAGGAGGGCCAGCGAGGCGUAUUUCCCGACAAGGUGUGGACGGCGGAUGGUGCUGGCAGGGACCAGCAGACGCACAUCAGCGAGCGGAAAUUCGUCGACGAGACGGCCGCAGAGGAGACCAUUCUUCCAAGUGCUGACAGGGACAUGACCAGCGAGGAAGCGACGAUCGCCUAG